AUGGGUUCAGUCUGCUCAGCAUAAAAGAAUCAAUCGAAAAUGCACACAUAAAAAAGAGAAUUAAAAACUAAUAGUUAACCUUAUUUAGAGCCUCAGUCCAUUGUCGGUCAGCCAGUACCUUUGGAAAACAAACAGGACUAUGCCCUUGAUCAAUAAGUCAAGGAUUUAUUAUAGCUAUUUAAAAGGUUCUGUAUGUUUUUGGAUCUUGUUGGUAAUUUGGAUCAACUCCCAUAACACACUAGAGAAAAAGUCAACAGUUGCAUAAUUGCUAAAUAAAAUAUCUCUAUUAUCAUACAAAACAACAUAAAAAGAGUUAUGAGGGAAUAAUAAAUCAUAAAACGAAUAGAUGAAUCAGAUUAUUAUCUUAUAUAUAAUGAUCAUAAGUUUGCGAGUGCCUUCAAUUAAAUGAUGUAAAAACUAUCUAAUAUUAUACUUACCGAUCUUAAACCUGAUGAGGAUUUUCAGUCAGCGUUCCCAAUUUUGGCAGUAUCUUUUGAGGAGGAGGCCCAAAAAAUUAUUUCAACUGUGGAGAAAAUAAAGAACAUUUAAAAUAUUGCUAUGAGAAAGGGUAGUUCUUAACAUUCGCUUUCUAUUAAUUAAUUAUAACCAAAACAAAAAUCUUGCUAAUAUUGA